AUGUUUUUCAGGUUUUUAGAUCUAAGGGCUAAAGAACCAGAUUUCAAUGUGGUGGUUGAAGGUGUUUGGAAUGUAGAAGUACAAGGAUCUCCAAUGUGGAGGGCAUAUAAGAAGGAAGAAUCAUUCUGGAAACAAAAAUCUGCGGUGAAAUGGUUUGUGGAGGGUGAGGUGAACUCAAGGUUUUUUCAUUCUAUAGUUAAAGGAAGGAAGAAAAGAUUAUCUUUAAAGAAGAUGAGGAGGGAUGAUGGAAACUGGAUUGAAGAGGAAAAAGAGAUUGCAAAGGAGGCUGUCUCCUUUUUCCAAAAACAGUUCACAAAAGAUAGUUAUGUUAAUAACUUCUCAGCUCUCAAUUGUAUUCGUAAACUCAUUGACGAGGCAAAUAACGUGAUGCUAAAUGCAGUCCCUACGAUGGAGGAAUUGAAAGGAGUGAUUCCUAAGGCAAUUACUCAUACAUGCCUUAUCUAUUGCCUAAGGUUGAGUGCCUACAGUCUUUCGAAGCUUACAUCCCCCAAUCAAAUAGGGUUCAUUAAAGGAAGGUCAAUCACAGACAAUAUCAUGAUGACACAGGAUAUAGUUCACAAUAUAACAAAACCAUCUCCACGUGGUAAUUUUGUAUUGAAGUUACACAUGACUAAAGCAUAUGACGGGGUCUCUUGGGAGUAUCUGUUUCAUGUUCUCAGGGAGAUGGGAUUUUCUGAAUGUUGGAUUGAGAGUGUUUGGAGGCUGAUGUCUAAUGUUUGGUAUUCUAUCAAUAUUAAUGGUGUUAGAUAUGGUUUCUUUAAAUCUAGCAGAGGAAUCAAGCAAGGGGAUCCUCUUUCUCCCUCGUUAUUUGUUAUUGGGGCAGAGAUUCUAUCCAGGUUGAUUGAUAGUCUACUGGAAUCAAACUUUAUAUCAUACUCUGCAAAUAAGAAUGGGCCACAUGUUACUCAUCUAUAUUAUGCAGCUGACACCAUCCUUUUCUCCUCUUGUGAUUAUGCGUAUUUGAGACAGAUGAUGACAAAUCCAAGGGUAUAUGAACAAGUGUCAGGCCAGCUAGUGAAUAAAGAGAAAUCUGGCUUUUAUGUCACCUUGCAUGAUGUUGCGCCAACUAUGAAUGACAUUAGGAUAAUCACAGGCUUAUCUCAGUGUUAA